GAUGACGGCAGUGUCGUCAUUACCGAUGUAUAUGAUAUAGCGAUUCCUAUCCGCAUGACCCGCAUACGAGGUAAGCCAAAAUUGGGAGAAUGGCAACAGCACGAUUGACCUAUAUCUUUGCAUAAUCAUGGUUGCAUCAAAAUUUAGACUUUAUCUAUGCAGUAGCAUGGCCUGGUCAAGAGGAUGUGUUGAUGUACGGAGACAUUGAUUAUACUAUAAGAGCUUUAUCUGCGGCGGAUGCACGAGAACUCAAUGUCACUUUACGAUACGGGGUGCAUAAUGGUGUUAUCUGGUGUAUAGCUGCUAGCGAUCAUCAUCUCUAUAUCGCAAGUACAUCAUCCGACGGAGCUGUCAAAAUUGCAGAGAAUACUACCCGGCAUAAAAGAAGACAGCCGCGACACCAAACUGUUUAUGAAUUAAAACUUGAAGCAAACGGAAGUUUCCGUUACAUGGAUGGCUUCCCGGUGCAAUAUGCGACGUCGGAGAAAGAUAUCUCCCUUUCUCUCUCUCUCGUCAAUCCCCUUCAAUCAAUUCACAAGGCUGCAUGGAAUCCCAAUCUCAAGGCGGCUGGGUGGCUCGUUACAGGUGGCCCUGCUGGGUUGUGUCGCCUUGAAUUCAUUGGUUGCGGCCCCACACUAGACAAUAAAUAAUCGGCUUCUCAUUGGGCCCCCCAGGUUAAUACCAGUUACUCAUCCGUUUCUCUGAUAAUUUGUUUGUCCGAUAUGCAUGAAACUAGUCUGUCGAACCAUUGCAGUGAAGAAACAGUGAGGAAUGAAGAAACCAUCAGCAUGGCUC